UCCCUUUCAAAAAAUGUCCACUACAACUCAAUUUUCUUAAUUUAACAACGUUAUAUGUGAGAUAUAUUUGGAAUUGUGAGGUGGUAUCAUGGAAUCCUGCGGUUGGGUUGAGAUGAAAUCGCCCGAGUGAGUAGAUGCGGCUUGCAGAAGAUAUCAUGUACACGUUAGUUUACAAUAGCUUUGUCCGUUAAUAUGUAUAGUAAAAACAGCGAUUUGAAUGGGCGGAUGUUAUGGCAUUCAAACGAAUUAAAGAAGAAACGGUUGUAUAAAGACUUCUCGCAGUGGCGUUCAAGUUGCGCGGUGUCAAGAGAUGAACAGUUGUGCAUAACCAACGCAGAAGGAGGGCUAGUUUGCAGAUAAUGAUGAUCUGGCAACAUUACUCGCUAUUUUCAGCGUAUAAUCGGACAGAAACGCGUAGCGUGAGAGGCACUCUUUGUGAAUUUGCUUCAUGUUUCUGGGCAGUUUAUUAAACAUGCAACUCUGUUAUUUAUUUAUCAUUUGUUUUGCAAUUAUUGCCGGGCAAGAUUCAGUAGUCGCUGAUACGACUAAAAAUCAUGCCAAAAUUGCUCAAGCGAAAACUCUUGGUGUGCAACGAGGGUCUAAUGCCGUUAUUACAACGAAUAACUUGGAGAUUUUUGCCAAUGGUUCGAUUGUUUGCAGAAUUGAGGUCGUUUACGAUCCGAUCUGCCUUCGUUUUGGAAAGUUGUCUGCAAACAAAUUUUCAUGCGACUUGAGUUCUGAGUCGGUUCACUAUUUGCAUUCGGGAUCAUUAACAUCGGAUGAAGAUUGCAUAAAGCUGAAACUGCUUUUGUUUUAUAAAAACAGAACAGAAAAAGAGACAGUCAAGGUAAAAGUUGUGGUGAAAAAUUUAGUGCCAAACGAAAAUCUGACAAAACCAUUGCUAAUUGUCAAUCAGAUUGGUGGCAUGAAGUCCUUCGGGUCAGAAAUUCUUCCAAUUAAUGCAAAGAAAUAUCAAACAUCGUGCAAAAUCAGCAUUUUUGCAGGUGAAAAAUGGCCUGCAAACGGCAAAGUUUCGGCAAUUACCAACAUGACAUCUUGGAAAUGUCUCGAUUUCAAGGCAACCUAUCUUCAUGAUGGCUCAUAUAUCCCAAACGAGGACUUUAUUCCGUUGAAAAUACGCUGGAGAGACACUUCGGAAGGCGAUAAGGAAACAAGAUAUCACCUCAGAGUCAGAAUUCAAGGAGCUCAAGCAAAUGAGCAGCCAUCCAUUUACAGCAGAAGAUCACGUUUGAUUGUGAAGCAAUACUCUGUGACCCAAAUCCAAACCUUUCACGUCCGUGCAUAUGAUUACAAAACAGCCCCAACCGACCUUAUUUUAAAGGUAUCUACGCUAACACAGAAUUUUGAUGGCCACUUCGGUUCUAUCGAAAACCCCAGCGAACCUUUAGAAGGCAUUACCCAGGAGAUGAUUGAAAAUGGUAAGGUUUUGUUUAUUGCACCAAAAAACAGCGCCGUGAAGAAAAGAAGAAUGUUCUCCUUACAACAAUUUAAAGUCCAGGCGAUAGACCCCUACGGAGGAAUAUCAAAAAGGACGCUGCGUCUGUUGUUUUUCGUUCGGAAAUUUGUUGCACACUAUCUGUCAGUCGUUAAGAACCAGCCAAUGCACGUGCUGGAAGGAAACUCGUGUGUGCUUUCAGAAAAAAUUCUUGAAGUAGCGUGCCCCGGCACUAACUGUAAUGCAGCGGUUUUUUCUGUCAUUGAAGAACCCAAACACGGGGGAAUAUUUGAAGAUUGGAAAAAAGUCAACAGGUUUACUUUUGAUGAUCUAACAUCUGGGAGAAUCAACUACAAACACGACAACAGUGAAAAUCUCAUUGACAACAUCAUCAUUUCGGUGACACAUCGAAGUCAGUUGGCAUUCGCAACCAUAAACGUGGUUGUAGAGCCUAUCGAUGAUUCACCUCCUUUUCUAAGUGUACAUAAAGAUAUACUAGCAAAGAGUGGGCGGUUUUCGAAGAUAGAGUCUGCUGUACUACAAGCAUCCGACCCGGAUAGUGACGUAACAAUGAUUGUGUUUAAGUUGACUGCAAAACCGAGGAAAGGUAAUAUUGUAAAGAGAAGUGAUGGUGGUAGUUUCGUUUUAGUCGACGAAUUCAAGGAGACUGACAUUGAGAAUGGGAGAAUUUAUUACGAAUCUGUUUUGAAGGAGCCUUCAAAAGAUGAAUUCGCAUUUGUUUUAUCUGAUGGUGGAACCAUACCAAAUCUGUCUAAAGAAUACAUCGCAAGGAUUACAUUAUUAGCUGCUGAUAUCAUGCCGCCGUACAAACGACACGCAGGAGACUGCCUCGUACACAUGAAUGAGACUGAGGCAUCUAUAUCAUUGAAUUUCAUAGAUUACGUCGACGACCAUUCCCCAUCUUCAGAUAUCGUUAUCCAAAUACAACAAGGAAAAAAGGUUGAUAUGAACUACGUCAAAAGUGAAGACAUAGUCAGUUUAGUUGGAUACAAAAAAGUUCCCGUCGCAAAUUUCACGCAGCAGCAACUGUUUCAUAACAAAGUUUUGCUUUUGAAUAGGGACAGCGAAGUUGGGAAACACUCUAAAAGUUUGCAGAUUGGCUUUGUGGUAUCAGACAGAGACAACAAUACAACACCACUGCAAAGUUGCACAAUUGUUAUUCUGCCUAUUGACAAUAAAGCACCGUUAAUAUUUAUAAAUGACACGUUCAGUGUACUGGAAGGUGGUGCGGUGUGUAUCAAUUGGCCAAAAGUUGCAUUGUCCGACGUAGACACUACAAUAGAAUCUCUUAGUAUAGCACUGAGCUCUAAGCCAAAGCAUGGCGUUAUGGUUUACAAAGGCAGGAAUAUCAGCGAAGAUGUAAGCAUACGGUAUGUAGAGCUUAAACAGAAUUGCCUGUGGUACUAUCACAGUGGUAGCGAAACACUUCAAGAUGUUUUCUCCAUCGUGGCAUCAGAUGGCAUAAACACCAGAAAUGGUGACGUCACCAUAAGCAUUACUCCUGUAAAUGAUGAGCGACCAGAAUUUGUUAGGGAGUUUGCUUCGAUUAAGGUGAUGGAAAAUUCUUCUGUUGUUAUCGACACCGAGUUACUGGCAGCCGUUGAUAAGGAUUCGGACAGCUCGAUUUUCAAAUACUACGUCAUCAGCAAACCGACAAAGGGCCAUCUGGAUGUAAUUGGGGCAAAAGUAAUGAAUUUCUCCCAAACACAAUUAAGCAACGAUCUCUUAAUCUACAUUCAUAAUAAGGAAGAAAUCGGUCCCUAUUUACAGCAUGAUAAUUUCACGAUCAUGGUUUGUGAUGAUAUACGAGCAUUAAAGGACUGUUACUCUUUCAUAAUUAUCAAGGUAGAAAUCGUACCCGUCAACUCUAUUCCCCCUAUACUCUAUCCAAAAGGAAAAAUAAUAGUUGAAGAAGGCAAAUCGUCGUUUAUCGACGAUAAAAUCAUUAUGUGUGGAGAUAAAGACACAGUCAAAGAUGAGAUUAGCGUCAGAGUUAUUUCUUUCCCGAAGAUUGGGUUCCUUGAAAAUACUUCGCCUUCAGAAGGGUCAGAAAAAAGCAAUGCAGGAAAGAGGAUAUCAGAAUUCAAGUGUUCAGAUUUAAGAAAACAAAGCAUUUUUUACGUUCAAAGUAAUCAUACAGGUUUUGAGCCCAAAUCAGAUAUGAUACAGUUGGUUGCAUUUGAUGGGCGAUUUAACUCUACUCUAAUCGAACUGCAUGUGGAUAUAAAACCUGUAAAUGACGAGAAACCCAUUGUAAAGCAGAUAAAAAUUGCCAAGGUUCAAGAAGGUGGAUGGAAGCUUAUAGACAAGAGGUAUGUGUCAAUCAAAGACAAAGACAUACCAAAGGACAUUUUGAAAUACUACGUGAUAAAGCAACCCGAACAUGGCCAGAUUUUUUACAAAUGUAAUGGUGCCGGUUCUCCAAGGUUGCAGAAAUUAAAUCAUUUACAAAUUUUGGAUUACAAAAAGUGUGCUUUGAUCUAUAUUCACGACGACUCCGAGAAUCUUGCUGAUGCAUUCUAUAUAGAAGCUACUGACGGGAAAAUGACUUCACAAUCGAGAGUGGAUAUUGAGGUGAUCCCGGUAAACGAUCAAUGGCCAAAAAUUUUGAAUAACAUUGUCAUGACUGUUCGUUUUGGGGGAAUAAAGAACAUAACGAGUAGCUAUUUGAUAGCCCAAGACUUAGACACCCGGGACCAGUUCCUAUCGUAUCGGAUAACGAAGUUGCCAAAGUAUGGGAGUUUUAGGCUCAACGUACAAGGAAACCCAGUCAAAUUGGCAGUGAACGACACAUUUACACAGGAUGACGUAAACACUAGGCGCAUAAGUUACAUCAAUCACAUUAUGCCAGUACAAGGCCUAACAGAUACAUUCAAGUUUUCUCUAAGCGACGGAGUGCACGUGAUCAAGAAUCAAACAUUCACUAUGAGGAUACGUCUGAGUUGUCGCAAGAAGUUUAAAGUAAAGACAAGAAACGUGACUGUUGAUGGACCAAGGAUCUUCAUCUCGUCAUCGAAUAUAAAAGUGGAAAGGAAGCGAAAGAAAGCAAGCAAUGACCAGAUAGUGCUUCACAUCGUCAAGCAACCGUUACAUGGAGUACUGGCUUUGACUUCAAACUCAAAAGAUGUAAUGGCGACGGCUAUUUCUCUGUCAGAUUUGGUAGAAAAGCGUCUCACUUACAGACCGUAUGAAUAUCCACUGUCAAAGAAUGAUUCAUUCAAGUUCUUUGCAACUGACGGUAAAUGUAUGCAAAGGGGACGCCUGCAUUUCAUAGCAAAAAGCCUUAAUGCGACUGUGAAGACUAUGAAAAAAAUUUCAACAUUGCAUGUUACUGAGAGAGGCCAAACAAUGAUAACCCCCCUUGAAAUAAGAGCAUUGGACACAUUUAACCCUAAGAAAGUGGUAUAUACUAUUAGAAAGUUGCCCAAAAAUGGGGUGAUCGUAAGGGAUGGGCAAGAAAUAAACAAUUUCACUCAAACAGAAGUCAACGAGCUUCGUAUAGCAUAUAGAUUGUUGAAAGAUAAGGCCAACGUAGAUCAGGCUUUUAUUGAAGUUUUUGUCAAAGAUUACUAUGGUUUAGGCCUAAGCACGAAACAAGAAGCGUUUCCUUUUACAAUCAAUAUCAAAAUCCCCAGCAUAAGCAAUGUUCAUGUAAUCACAAAUCAAGGUGUGACGUCACUAGAAAGCAUGAGAAGACACGGCAAAGGUGCUGUCAUUACAAACAGAAACUUACUGUCUUAUAACUGUUCAUCAAAACUUGACCCGAGCCUCAGAUACACUGUCAUCGAGCCUCCUGUUCAUGGCGAAUUGAUCUUUAAAGACUCACGCCAUCAGGCUACAAAUUUUACUCAAGAAGACAUAAAUAAAGAACGGAUUGUCUAUAUGCUAACAGACUAUUCGCACAAAGAGUUCUCUGAUUCGUUGCUUCUCGAUAUAGAAGCCAAAGACUGCCACAAACAAACAGACGUGAAAUUUAACAUCAACUGGUCGAUAGUAAGCUUAUCUGAUGACGUCACGGUUGACUGCAGGAAUGGCCAGACUGAAAUAUUUGUGAAUCUGACAAGGCUUGGGUACUUGAGUCAAGGCUCAGUUGUAGAGCUCUAUGUAAAGUCGUUAACAGACUCAAGCCAGUCAUUGCCUCCUACAAGGAUUUGGUUUUAUCCAGGCGAGAGAACCAAGAGCUGGAAGAUAGCGGAUGAAGCGUUGGAAUAUGAGACUGUUGAAGUUAAUAUUGACAAGGAGUUUAAUACACUGCUUGGAAGAAACAAGGUUCAAUUUGAGAUAUCGAAUUUACAAGACGCUUGUUUAACCAUGAAGAAGACGGAUGAGGGAGACUCGACGAAAGUAAAAGCAACAACUUCGGUGAAACCUGGUAAAACAACCCCUAAACAGUUCCACGCAUUAAGUUUUGUUAGGACUGCACCCAACAAACACAAGAUGAGAUUCAAGGCUGCACAUGUGGACCUUACUAAACAUACCGAAGCUGGAAUUAAACAUUGUGGAAAAGGUUGGGUCAACUUUGGUACCACCUGUUAUACUUUGAUCAAGCGAAAAAUUAAUUGGAGGAAAGCUACAAAAUUUUGCAAGAAAAGAAAUUCCUCGCUGUACACUCCUGUUUCGACUGCGGAAGAACAAACAGUCAGACACUUAAGUGGGAGGAGUCCAAUUUGGAUUGGUAUUCGAAUCAACAAGAGAGGUCGUUUGAAGUGGAAUAUCCCGGCUUCCUACAGAAGUUUCCUUCAAAGGCUUCUUGUGAUUAAAGCACAAGGUUUUUCAAAGAACACGUGUGUCUAUCUCGAUGCAGAGAGGAACUUGAUUGCUGCAGGUUGCAAGCAAAAACUUGCAUUUGCCAUUUGUAAAAAGUCAAUUUAAGUACAGACACUGGUUACUUUAAAUAGGGGUUAAAGGGUCAUAAGCUUGGAAUAUUUUCUAGAGCCUUUAUUUGUCUCAACUUUUGAUGCACCUUCAAAUGAUUGCUCGUUUAAAGAUUUUCCAGCUCAUACAGAAAAAGCCACAUUUUUAAAAACGUGAUAUUUUCUGUUUUGGAGAUUAUUGGGAAAGGAGAAAGCUGUAACAUUCCAAAUUACAAAAGACUUUGGGCAACAGCGCCGCAUUCAGCUUAAAUUUUUUUGAGAACCCCCCUCCUUUGUUGGAUACCCCACGGACGUUGGCUGUCACCGUUUGAAGCUCUUAUUUCAAGAAAAAUCACACUAUUGUUUGAAAAUCAUCCUGAUUCGCAUUUAAGGGCUUUUCCUUCGUCUCAAAAAAGUUGGUUUGGAGGGUUUCUCCUUUGGUUAUUGUCAUUUGGUGGUGUCACAAUUCUUUAAGUACAGUUCUAUAAAUCAAACGCUUUUAAAUAAAGAAAUAUAUUUAUCAUAAUUCGUAUGGAUAAGAACAUUAUAUAUCUACUCAACAUUGACCUUGUUUUCUUUUGUUCAAUUCUUUAUUCUGGAAAAAUUGAUAAAUGUUUCUUAUGUCUCGAACUUUUUCUACGAUUUCUAUAUUCAUCCAACACCAGAUGUCGGAUCAAAGAUUAGCCAACUAAUAAUCCACGAUUGUUUGAUUUCGCGCUUUCGAAUCUUCCAAUAAUUGAAAAGCCCUGUUACGUUGAUAUUCAUAUUAACAGCCCGGUGUGCUCACUCUCAUUGAGCAGUAUAACCGAGGUCCCCGCGAGGAUCUAAAAAAGUCUCAUUUUCUCUGACUUAUAUAAAACUUUUUUAUACCCUUUUCACUGAGAUUUAAAUGUUUACAAAAAAACCAAAGUGAACAGGAGCACCUGCUCUGCUAUGAUUCUGUCACAUUAU